UGUGUUGGCAAAAAGCCAACUCAAAGUGUUUGUUUUUGGAACUUGGCAGUAAAUUGAACAGCUAGAAGACAGCUAGGAAUCUCCAUGGAUGAUAUUGUGGCCUCCCUUGCUCUGCACGCAGUGCUGGAGCCUGUGCUCAAAGAACUCGAGGCUGAUGAAAAAAACAUAGCAGCUGUCCACACUCUCAGGGCUGCCUUUAACAAGGCUGAGCGAGCCCACCCAGGUCUGAGUGAGGAGUUCAUCAGUGGUGUUCUAGAUGCAGAGGGAGUUAGUCUCAAUCUCCCAGAGGUCCUGCUCAGACUAGCCUGUCAUGAUGUCACCACCUACACCAUCAGCUCUGAGGAAGACGAGUUUGUUGUGCUCAACUUCAGAGCUAAAGCACUCAAAGUCAAGCUGAGUCAUAUUCCUGACCAAAUCAGAGACAGGUCAAAAUUCUUACAGAUUAUUCGUGAUGUGGCAAGCUCCAUCAAGGAUGUGCUGGAUGCAGUCAAUGAGGUAUCUAAAAAGCAUCAGGCAGACGUUCAAAUGAAGGAAUACAGAAAGGUAUUGGACAGUCGAAAGAGAGUGUUUGUGAAGAGCUCACGUAGUUUCAGUGAUACUCUCAAGAGGUACUUCAAAGAUGGCAGGUCAGAGCAUGUGUUCCUUAGUGCUAACCGUCUCAUCAACCACACCAACGUCCUACUCAGCACCUACAAGGCCCUCGGAUACUAGUUACCAUGGACACACUAAGAACACAGUGUAGUAGUAUAAUUCUUUAUGCACUUUUGUAAGAUACUCACUGUAUUGUUUUUAUGUCAUGAUGAUUCUAUACCGUAGUAUUUCUUUUAUAACGAUAUUGAUUGACUGA